GGACAGGUACUGCCUUGUAUCUCAGAGUCCAGAGUCCUGGAGGGUGCCAUCUCCUCGCACAAACCCUGCUCACACCCUGAUGGGCAAAGGAGGAGAAGUCAGAGGAGGCUGGGCCUUGGAUUACAGCAUAACUGGUCAGGAAGCUCUCUCUGCGGUCACACACCUAGUUAUUAUUCUGCUGUGUGAACAACAGCGCUGACGGAAUCCCGUGGCUCCCAUGAGACGGACCUCUAAGAUGGAGCUGCUCCCACUGCUGGUUUUCCUGGCCCCCUGGGGAGUCGCCGUGGCUGAACCAGGGAAGUUCUGGCACAUCUCUGACCUGCACCUUGACCCCGACUACAAGGUAUCUGAAGACCCCUUCCAGGUGUGCCCAUCAGCCGGCUCCCGGCCCGUGCCCGGCGCGGGCCCCUGGGGCGACUACCUCUGCGACUCGCCGUGGGUGCUGGUCAACUCCUCCGUCUGGGCCAUGAGGGAGAUCGAGCCGGAGCCAGACUUCAUUCUCUGGACUGGUGAUGACACACCUCAUGUGGCCGAUGAGAGGCUGGGAGAGGAGGCUGUGCUGGCAAUUGUGGAACGCCUGACCAAGCUCAUCAGAGAGGUCUUUCCAGAAACUAAAGUCUACGCUGCUAUGGGAAAUCAUGACUUUCACCCAAAAAACCAGUUUCCAGCAGGGAGCAACAAUAUCUACAAUCAGGUAGCAGAGCUGUGGAGACCCUGGCUCAAUGACGAAUCCAUGGCUCUCUUCAAAGAAGGUGCCUUCUAUUCUGAGAAGUUGCCAGGGCUGAGCGGGGCUGGGCGAAUUGUGGUCCUCAACACCAAUCUGUACUAUAGCAACAAUGAGCGGACGGCUGACAUGACUGACCCCAGCCAGCAGUUUCAGUGGCUGGAAGAUGUGUUGACCAACGCAUCCCGAGCUGGGGAAAUGGUGUACAUUAUUGGCCACGUACCCCCGGGGUUCUUUGAGAAGAAGCAGAACAAAGCAUGGUUCCGGGAGGGCUUCAACGAGGAGUACCUGAAGGUGGUCCAGAGGCACUACCGGGUCAUUGCAGGGCAGUUCUUCGGGCACCACCACACUGACAGCUUUCGGAUGUUCUAUGAUGAUGCAGGUGCCCCCAUCAGUGUCAUGUUCCUUACACCUGGAGUCACCCCAUGGAAAACCACAUUACCUGGAGUGGUCAACGGGGCCAACAAUCCAGGCAUCCGGGUGUUCGAAUAUGACCGAUCCACACUGAGACUGCAGGCAUCCAGAGGCCUUAGCAAGAGGGAUCACAGGCUGUGGCAUGCCCCACCCACCACCCCAGCCCUCCUCCAUAACAUGCCCUCCAUCCUGCCCAGGAAGGGAGUCAGACAGAGCUGGGUUUGAAUCCUGGCUCCUCCACUUACAAGCUCUUUGACCUCUCUGGGCCUCCAGUUGCUUCAUCUGUAAAAUUAGAGUAAUGGUACCUCACUGGGUUUGGGAGAUUAAAUGGAAAAAUGUAAUAAGCCUAGUAGGAAGUUGCCACUCAUACUUGGCAGCUCCUCUUACCACCUUCUAGUGAUCUGAAGCAGGUCCACAAAUUUAAGUGGAAAGGGUUGAACAGAUAAAUCCUUCCAGAUUCUAGUCCUGAAAACGCACUUGAGUCCUAGAAUGUAUCCCCAGCCCCAAACCAAUCACGAUUCUAUAACCUCUCCCUGACAGGCACCCCAUCCCACUUCUUUUAAGUUGCUUUUAUGUACUCAUUCUGUAAAUAUGUAUUGAGCAUCUUCUGUGUACCCGGGAGCUUGCUGGGACAGAAAAUGCUAAUGGAGUAAAUAAACAACCUGGGUCCCAAUCCCUCCUUUGCCUCAGAACACCUAUAGGACCCUGGGCAAAUGAAUUGUCUCUUUAGGACUCAAUUUCCUCAUCUGUGAAAUAGGGGUAAUGAGCACAGUCGCCUCACAGAGUCAAUCAGAGGAUGUCUUGCCAAGCAUACCGGGUAAGCAGUAAAUGCUUAACAACUAACAGCGGUCAUUAGUACUGCCUAUGAAGAAUCUGGGGGCAAAUGCAAGGUGCAGGAUUGCGGAUGGAAGCAGACAGCUGCUCACAGCUAGCCCACCUCGCACCUUCU